AUGAAAUGUCCAUAUAGCAAACCUACAGAGUGCACCAACGCCUUCUGUCUUAGCAAGCAAAACAUUGUCAAUCUGAGUAAACGCCGAGGAACCUUCCCCUUUCACAAGCACAACAAGUAUUCUAAACUCGCAGAACAUUUUGAGUAUAACCAUAUACCGGCACAUCUAUCCUCGGUGCAAAACCUUCACUUCAAAUCCAUUUUGUGCACUCGCAACGGUUUGGCAAUCGUCCACUUGGCAAGGAAUCUCAUAACCCAGUUCGGCAUCGUGGAUCUUCACAUCCACAAGUUUUUGGGCACCUUCGGUCGGCAGUCUGUAAAGUAUUCACCCGACUCCGUUGCCGCACGAAUUUCUCCCGACUCGUCCCUCUGUCUCAUUCGUUUGCCGUGGUCACGAAUCAGCCGUGUUACUACUUUGCAGAUGGUGCGCUUCUUUAAUGAUCUCAAGUGA